AUGCUUCACGUGAAGGGGAGGCCCCGGGGGGGAGUGCCCCCCCUGAGGAGGCACUACACAAACAACAGCCGCGGAAUCCCGAAGGAGUACGUGUACACCAAGUACCGAAUUAGCCUCCCCCUCAUCAGCAACGUGCAGUACGACGACAUGUAUCUCUCGCGCCCGAGCAGAGAUGACCUCUAUGCAUUCACCAAGAAGGUGCCGAUCUUCCUGCGUUACCUAAAAUUGAUCACAUCGAUGGAGAAUCGAAAUGAUGACUUCCUCCAGUUCGCCAAGAGGUGUGAAAGUGGUCUAACCACAGAAAAGGACGUCUACCUAACAAAGGAGGAGCUACUAGACGUGAUGUUCCUAAAUGGAUACUCCAAAAAAGAAAUCAACGCACUGGACUUAGCAUUUACUAACAAGUACAAAUUUCAUUACCCUGAAAUUGCUGCCCUUUUUAAACUGGAGGAAGAAGAGGUGUAUAAGUAUUGCCUCAAAAAAAGGAGUGAAAAUCCGGAGGAGUUAAUUCACCUGAAAUGUUUGAAGCCUCAAAAUUUGCUCUCAUCCUACGGCCUUAUAUUUGUCUUUCUCUAUUUUGGCCUAAACAACGUGGUGUUGAGUAACGCCUGGUUCCUUUCGAAGACCAUCCCCUUCUUCAGCGUCUUCUACAUGCUAGGCUCCCACUUUUACAGGGACAUUUGGAGCUUCCUAAAUAAGGGGAAAAAACUGAUGGCAGAACAGAAUGAGCAGAACCAACUAGCCGCAGAGGAAAUCCUAUACAAGCAACUUAAGUUGUAUUCUAAGGACACCGAGUGUAGUGCCAAUCUAGCGAAUUUCAAGACGUAUAGCGGGCAGCUCAUCAGCAUGUACAGGCGGGCCUACAUACAGGAGGAGAGGAAGAAGAUACACCACCAGCUGGAGAAAAAGCUCAACGAAAUGCACAACGCCGAGGUGAAGUAUAAACAGUCGCUACAGCAAAUAGUGGUCAACGAAAUGGUCAAUAUGAUGUACCAGAAAGUGCAGAGCGACCCCCAGUUUUACAGCUCCAUCCUCAACGACAGCAUCAAUAACAUUAGGGGCAUCACCCAAGAGGAUACCCUAAUCAAGCACGUGAAGAAGGAACUCUCCUUUGUGAAACAGCUAGACAAGCAGAACCCCCUUGUUAAAAACGUCCUCGCGCAGUAUGAGCUUAAGAAGGGCGGCUACGUAAACCAGUUCGUCGUGCACAAGGAGGAGGCCAACAAAGUCAGGGCCAUCAUUUCGAAGUGCGGACUCGAUUUGAAUAAACUCAACCAGGAGGAGCGCAACCAGCUGCUGCAACUGUACGUUGCCAUAAAUAACCGCUUCGGCUUCUACACCAAUGAGGAGGAACUCCCCCUCGUGGUGCCCCGGGAUGAGCACUCCGGGCGCGCCGCGGACAGCCUCAACCGGGCCGUCGCCGAGGCCAACCGCCAGGCCCGCGAGCGCCACCUGCAGGCCUUCAUGCGCGCCUUCCAGUAG